AUGGAUUUUUUAAAAAUAAUGAAUUUAUAAAUUUAAAAAGAGACUCUCAAAACAAGCUAGCAUGCAUCUCUAAAAAGCUCGUGGUUUCGCUUAUUUUAAGCUAAAAAGUUUUUACACAUAAAUCAAUACUUGUCUGUCUUAGUAAUGGCGAGGAUUUUUUAUCAGUAUUCCUACUGCUUUUUUCAAUUAACGAAUAAGUUAAAUUUGAUAAAUUAACUUUUUUUUAAAAGUGAUUAAAUUUCGCAAAGUAUCUUAAAUAAACGAGCUUUCUAGAUGUAUUUAAAUUAAUUUCAAAUGAAUCCUUUCAACUUUCUGUUUUUAGCAAAAAAAGCAAAUACAAACUCUAGUAAUUCUUUCUAUUUGAAUGGUCAAAUAACCUACUUACACAAAAUAAAGUGA